AUGCCUAAAUCAUCAAAAGAGUUGGUGGAACAAGAGGGCAGGCUCUGUUUAGCAGUUGAAUCUAUUCAGAAAGGUCAUACAAAAUCUAUUCGUGAAGCUGCACGCGUUUUUCAAGUUCCCCGAUCAACACUUCAAGAUCGCCUAAAUGGGCUCAAAUUUCGCAAGGAUACUAGAGCCAACUCACAUAAAUUGACCUCUAUAGAGGAAGAAUCACUUGAAAAAUGGAUUAUAUCGCUAGAUCAACGUGGUGCACCACCAAAGCACUCUCAAGUCCGUGAAAUGGCGAAUCUACUACUUCAAAAGCGUGGUCAAAAUACAACUAUCUCUGUCGGACAAAAAUGGGUUACCAACUACAUCUCAAGGCAUGAUUCCUUGAAAAAGUCGAUAUAGCCGUCAAAUCAACUACAAACGAGCGAAGUGUGAAGAACCUGAAGCUAUUCAGAUGUGGUUUAAACGCGUACAAACUGCUAUAUCAACAUACGGCAUUGUCGACGAAGAUAUCUAUAACUUCGAUGAAACUGGCUUUGCUAUGGGUAUCCUGGGUACUACUAAAGUAGUAAUACGCUCAACAUGUCAAGGAAGACCCUUUCUUAUACAGCCAGGGAAUCGCGAAUGGAUAACUUCAAUUGAGUGUAUCAACGCUGCUGGAUGGGUGCUACCAGCAUAUUUAGUGUUAAAAGCAAAAACACAUAUUCAAGCUUGGUACGAAGGAAGUCUACCAUCUUCCUGGAGGAUUGCUAUAUCCUCAAAUGGAUGGACUACACGAGAGAUUGGGGAAGCAUGGCUCAAAGAUCACUUCAUUCCAUACAUCAAAACACGAAGAACAGGUCAAUAUAGCCUCCUCGUACUUGACGGGCAUGAUUCGCAUCUAACACCUCAAUUUGAUGACAUAUGUUAUCAAAAUCAGAUUAUACCUGUCUGUAUGCCUGCUAAUUCCUCACAUCUAUGUCAGCCUCUAGAUGUUGCAUGCUUUUCGCCUUUGAAGAAGGCCUACAAAGAUCAAGUUCAACAGCUUAUCCGUACGGGAUAUCAUCAUAUCGAGAAGGUUGAUUUUCUUGACAUGUAUCCGAAAGCCCAUGCUCAAGCGUUUACUAAAGCAAAUAUACAAAGCGCUUUUAGAGCUUCAGGUCUUGUUCCUCUAGAUCCCAGCAAGAUACUAGAGAAUAUGAUUUUCAAGGAGACCAGCCGUCCGAGCAGUCAAAGCACCUCCUCUUCUUCGAUCUUUACAAAAACACCAAGGAAUUCGAGGCAAUUCAAGAAGUACGAGUCUACACUAUCUCAAUUACUUCAACAACAAGAUACUCCAGCUACACCAAUACAGUCAGCCUUAUCGUACAUCUUCAAAGGCGCGGAGGUUGCUUUGAAUCAUACAGUACUACUUGAGCAUGAAAAUCGCCAACUACGUGAAGCUCUUGACAAACGAAACACCAAGCAGAAACGCAAUCAACAUCAAAUGGAUGGUUUGAAUGGCCUCACUGUACAAGAAGCGCUUGAGGCUUUCAACCAUGCUAGAAUAUUGGAAGAACAGGCUGGGGAUGCAGGCCCUAGGGAGGAUCAACCACGCCGUCGGGCGCCUCCUAGGUGUAGCGCGUGCCAUAUUGUAGGGCAUAUACGUACUAGAUGUCCUAAUCGAGCAGUAUCUUGA